AUGCCAUCCACCAACAAAACCGCAAUCGUUCUCGUCGAUCCUUACAAUGAUUUCCUCCACCCCAAAGGCAAAGUCAAUCACCUUCUCGCCGAAUCUAUCGCCGCUACAAACACCAUUUCUCAUCUCCAGAAUCUCGUGACUAUUGCUCGUGCUCAGAAAAUACCUAUCUAUUAUGGUUUGCAUCAACAGGUAAAAGCAGGGUUUAUAGCAGGUUGGGAACAUACAACUGUGACGCAGCAGGGUCAAAGAGAUAGCAAGACUUUUGAGGAGGGGUCAUGGGGGGUUGAGAUUUAUGAAGGAUUGGAGCCAGACGUGGAGGGAAAUGGAGAUGUGGUUGUUAGUAAACAUUGGUGCAUUCAUUUGCAAAACACUGAUUUGGAUUAUCAGUUGAAGCAAAGAAAUAUCACACAUCUAGUAUUUGCCGGAUUGACGGCAAAUACUUGUUUGGAGUCCACGUCAAGAUAUGCUUAUGAAUUGGGAUAUCAUAUAACCAUGCUUAAAGAUGCAACGGCAGGCUUUAAUACCGUGGUAAAGGAUGCUGCAACUGAUCUCAUAUGGCCAUUAUUUGCCAAUGAGGUGUUGACCGUGGAAGAGUGGAAGAAGAGUUUGUAG